AUGACCAUAUUGCUUCUGCAGAAGGUGGAGCCGUUGAUGUUUUCGUAUUCCAGCUACGACCACCCGAGCCAAACGCAGAUCAAAGUUGGCAACUCGGAGUGGAGUAAGCGCAUCAGCUUUGAGGCUGUUGGAAGUUCCUUUGAUGUUGGCAUUCCUUUGCAGAACCAGGGUCAGAUCCACAUUGGCGUCAACGUCAAAGAAGGGGAAGGCAAGUACUUCCUGACCAAGGUGGUAACCUUGACUCCGAGAUACAUGAUCAAGAACAAUCUCUCCGAAGAGCUCCACUUCAAGCAGGUCGGAACGGACGUAUCCCAGGUUCUCCAGCCUGGCGUUGCCUUCCCGCUCACCACCAUUAUAUCGAGUGGCCGGAACCCGCAUUUGACGGUGCGGCUGGGUGGCAUCAUGAAUACCUGGUCCUCGCCGUUCUCGAUCAAUCUCAUCGGUCGCAUCCACGUCAAGCUUGGUCUUGCAGGCUCAGAAGCCGAAGAUCUCAUCCGUGCCGACAUCAUUGUCGAGGGCGCAACUGUCUUUGUUGUCUUUGCAAAGGAGACCGGACGGUGGCCGUUCCGCAUCGACAACCAGUGCUCAUGCAACGUUGCCAUUUGGCAGCAGCACAAGGAUGAUACCACAAGCCGCAUCUACCGUAUCCCGGCUGGAAAAUCGCUGUCGUAUGCGUGGGACUAUCCGUCUGCGGAGAACAAAAGUUUGAUUCUUCAUGUGAAUGGUCGCGAACAGGCCAUUGACUUGCUCGAAGUCGGACAGAUUGUCCCCAUUCGUUACAUGGACCCCAACGAGAAGAAGAGUGCCACGAUGGCAAUCAGUGUCAACGCCGAGGGACCCACUCAAAUCUUGAGACUGACUCCGUACAUCGAGGAACGCAGCCACUUCCGUCGCGGCAAGCGUUCGUCCGAAAAGGAGCGCGCCCUUACCGAGUCCGAAAAGGAUGGGUUCGAGCUUAUCGACGUCGACGAGAAGGUCGUGGCCACAUACUUGGUCCGACUUGAAGGCAUCGGCAUCUCUCUGAUCUCGAAGGGCAUGCAAGAGCUGAUUUACGCAUCGGCCAAGGACGUGAGGCUCGAGUUCCAGGAGACCAAGACACUGCAGAGAGUCAACUUCACCGUCAAGUGGCUCCAGGUCGACAAUCAGCUCUACGGCGGGAUCGUGCCCAUUCUGCUCUACCCCACAGUCAUUCCCAAAGAGGGCAGCGAGAACUUUUACCCCGUGCUCUUGAUCACCCUCUCCAAGUCCAAGGACACAUUGAACAAGCGCAAGGACGAAGACCAAGUGCUUGGUAUGAGCUUUAUUAGCUUUUAG